GUGAAGUCUGUUUUGUUGAUUUCUGUCAUGUCGCUCGUGUCGUUGUCUGUCUAAAAAUUCGAUCCUUUUUCUUACAGGUUAAAAAACACGUUCAUAGUUUUGUUAUUCCUUACGAAUUAUAAAGCAAACAUAAGCACAGAAAUGUCUGAGAACAGAGAAGAGAUCCUUGCAGAUUUUCAGGCCUGCACGGGCAUAGAUGAUGUUACAGAAGCGAUCUACCAUUUAGAUGAAACCAACUGGGAUCUGCUUCGAGCUGUAAGCAGAGUAAUGCCUCCUGAUACUCAAAGCUUCCAGCCCAUGCCUGAUCCAGACGUGAUGGUGGUGGAGGAUGAUGCAGCUAGCAGGAGAGAUGUUCCUGCUGCUCCCAUUGAAACCGCCACAGAUCGCAUGGAGGUGGCUGAUAAAGCUUUCUCACCACUUAAAAGUAGGGUGACCAGGAGCCAACAAAAAAUGGACAGUCAGGAUAACAGUACGCCGUCAACUUCGAGCGGGCCGAGUUCGAGUAGCGCCAGUACCAGUAAAAAGAUGUUGAAGUUCAACGUACAGUAUUGUGAUAGGGUUAUCAAGAUCGAGUUGCCCGAUGACCGGACAAUUCAUCACUUAAAAAUGGAACUCGAAAAAGAAAUAAAGAUCCCAGCCUGCCGCCACAUGUUGUCAAGUUGGGCUCGUUUAGAACAGUACGAAAAUACACCUUUUUCAAAGUUAAUGUUACCUGAAGAAAACACAUUGCAUCUAACAGUUAAACCUAGUGAAGGAGGUUUCACUGCAGACGAUGAGAAUAUUGUGACUGAACGACUAAACGGUACAUACACUCUUAACAUUAAGUUCGAAAACAAGACUUACAAUCUGAAAUAUCAAGGCACAAAAACAAUCCUUGAGGUAAAAACGGACUUUUACACUUUAACAAAUGUCCCGGUCCGCUAUCAAAUUUGGAGUGGUUGGCCUCCCAACAUAGACGAUAAUACAAUGCUGGCUCUAUCAGGAAUCAGGUAAAAAUAUCAAUAUUGUUGAUGAGGUAAUUUAUACAUAUUUUACAAAUAAAAAAUUCCUUGUGCCUGAAAAAAAGAAUGUGACAACCCCUAUAUUUCCAUGGAACCAUCGUAGAACGAAGAUAAACUGCAUCAUACUUGAUAAUAGGCGUGCUUAUACAAUAAUUUUCGGCUAUUAAAUUUAAAGUAUUUGUUGAAAAUAUGUGACUUUUUGAAGUACCAAUUUUUCCUUUUAGUUAUCCGGAACAUGAUCUAACAGUGCGACGUAGUACGCAAACGAACCACUCUAAAGACAAAAAAAGUAUGCCAAUUGUUCAGAUUGAUAGUGAUGAUGAUGAAUUUGAAGAUGCUUCAGAGAGUUUCACUGUAGAUGAUGAAUAUUUCGUUGAUAAUGAUAUUACUACUAGGAAAACGGAACCUUUAAUACCUGAUAAUGUUGAAGAUGAGAUAGUGGGAAGUAUAACAUUUUCUGAAAAUUUCACAACCCGUUAUGGUCCAAUUCACCCGCCUUUCUAUCAGGGAACCUUGGAAGACGCGCUUAAAGAGGCUUGCUCAAAACCAGCUAAGGAUAGAAAAAUCCUGGCGAUCUACUUGCACCACGACGCGAGCGUUCUAACGAACGUCUUCUGCACUCAACUGCUUGGUUUCGAGAGUGUCAUGCAAACGUUCGAGAACAAUUUCGUGCUGUGGGGUUGGGACAUCACCUUCGAGAGCAACAGGCAGAAGCUGCAACAGAGCGUGAACAGCUGUUUGGGCUCGACGGCCGCGAUGAGUCUCAAAAACAUACCGGUGGACAGACUGCCCGCGCUGGUUUUGAUCAUGAGGAUACGCUCGUCCACGGAAAUAUUUAAUGUUAUUUACGGUAAUGUUGGUGUGAACGAAUUGUUAUCCAGCUUGAUCGAAUGUGCAGAAGUGUUCUCGGAACACCAACGUGUAGAAAUAAGAGAGGAAGCAGAGCGCGCCGAAAGAGAGAUGGUCAAGCUGGAGCAAGAUUUGGCGUAUAGAGAGAGCUUAGAAGCUGAUAGAGCGAAGGAGGAAGCUAAGAGGAACCAGGAGAGAGCUGAACACGAGGCUCGAAGGCGACAGGAGAGCGAAAAAGCCGAAACCGAAGCAAGGAAAGAAGCGUAUCGCAAAGAAGUCGAAGCAAGCCUGCCUCCUGAGCCCCCGCAGUGUCAAGGGGAUGGCAUCACAAAGAUCAAGUUCCGUUUGCCCAAAGGAGAGUUCAUCGAGAGACGCUUUGAGGCUAAUACGCCGUUGAAGGUUCUCUUGGAUUUUCUGGUAGUGAAGGGUUAUCCUGCUGAAGAAUUUAAGGUGAUUUCGAGUUGGCCAAGGAGAGAUCUAACCGCCUUGGACAAGAAUCAAACAUUGAAAGAUUUGCAUCUAUGUCCUCAAGAAACUGUGAUAUUAGAAGAACGAUAAUUUUUUAUAUCCCUCCUAGAGGGCUAGGUUUUUAUAACAGCAUUUAAACGAUGCAAUUAUUUAAUAUAUUGAAUUGUUUUUAAUUUUGUGUAGUAUUAAUAAUUUAAAAUGUAAUCGGUACUAUAAAUAUAAAUUUUUCUUUUUCA